UUUUGAACUGACCUCAAAUUGAUGGACUCAGUGUUCGUUCGGAUCAACGGCACCCUUAGAAUGGCGGCGCAAAACCAUAAUGUGAAAUCCGAGAAGAUUAAGGUGCCUCGGAAUUUUUACCUCUUGGAGGAACUAGAGCAAGGACAAAAAGGAUGCCAAGAUGGAACCAUAAGCUGGGGGCUCGAAGAUAUGGAUUCCACCCUUACAAAAUGGACUGGAGUUAUACUUGGCCCCAGCCGGACACCAUUUGAAGGCAGGCUUUAUCUCCUACAGAUAGAGUGCGGUCCCAAUUACCCAGAUGUCGCCCCUUCUGUUCGCUUUGUAACGCGAAUUCGAAUGCACGGAGUGAACGAGAACAAUGGUCAGAUCGAUUCGCGUUUGUUCCCAACGCUCACCAAAUGGACCCGUGGACUUCAGAUGCGACAUGUCCUCUUAGAACUUCGACAUAAAAUGGCAGCUCCAGAGAAUGCACGACUUUCGCAACCAGCUGAAGGAUCGACAUACGUCUGAUUUAUUAUAUUCUCGGUGACUUUCAACCCCUCCAAGCAGAGAUCCUGGUGCAGCCGAUGACUACAAAGUUUAUAAUGUAAUUUGUUGUCAGACCACCAUUUUGGUCGCUUACUCUUCACAUAAAGAACAGCCAAUAAACACCUGUUGACUCAUUUCGGUCCCCCUACCACAA